AUGAAGGGGCCGCUUAACCAAACCUCUCUCCUCUGGUGGGAAUCCCUUAACAUCGACGACACCUGCGAGUACCUCACCUUCACAACCUUGUUCAAGAAGGCAUAUAUGCCUGACGGCUUCCUUGAACACGUCCGCGGCCUCCUCCUCAAUGCCAAGCUCACCACCAACCUCGCCGAGUACCUUACCCGCAUCCGCCUCUACAUGAACAUUUUACUUGCGGAGGAUCCCACCGGCCGCGUCUUCCUUGAAUCCACCGUCAGAGUUGUUUUUCUCCAAGGCUGCCCCGACGACCUGAGGCAAUUACUUCAGACUGAUCAGGUAUCUAACCCCAACAACACUUUUUUCGACAUGUGCUCCAAGGCUGAAGGAUUUGACACCAUCUAUGCUUUCGGACCCAGAGGCGCCACCAAGGGUAUGUUCGCCAAGGCUAUGAAUAACAUCCGCUCACAAACCCCGACCUCCAACUCAGCCCCAACCUCCGCCCCCGCCUUCGACCCAAUGGCGAUGGAGAUUGAUAACAUCAGUGUCGACCCCACCACCCGCGCACUCAUGUCCUCGGUCCAGUCCCUCACUAUCGCUGUCAACGCUAUGGCAUCUCAGUUCAACAACCAGCAACAGCAACAAAACCGCCCGCGCCUUGCCCGCCUCACCGAUGAAGAAAGACUAUACUUGGAGAACAACAACGGCUGUUUCAAGUGCCGCCGACCCAAUGCCGGACAUUACUCCUGGGACUGUGGGAAAAACCGCAAUACGCCCCGACCUCCCAGGUCCCAGGCCGUCAACAACAUUGCUUACGUGGGCAACCCCCCAACAGACCAGUCGGGAAAUGCCCCCAGCAACUAG